AAUAAUCACAAGAUCAAAACGGCUGCAAAAAACUCUGUCCCUCUUUUCUUUUUAGAUUCGUCCGAAAUUAAUAGUGGAAGAGAGCUGUCAAAAUCUCCCCUUCAUCAAAAUAACGUCCCCCAAAAAUCCCAUUUGGCAGUUUUAAGUCCUUUGACUCAUUUAUUAUGCUAUUAGUGUUUAUAAAAAUCCCAUUUAAUUCUACUCUACCACUUAAGGGUCUAAUCUAAUCUAUUACUUUCUCUUUUCUUGGUCUUAGAUUUCAAGCCCAAAUUUCUUUGCUUUCUGGGUUACUCAUUCAGUCUCUUGCCUCUUCUUCUGCGGUUUCUUCACUCACUUUAGCCUCCUGGAGAGCGAGAAGACAGUAGCUGCACUGAAGAAAUUCUUACGAGUCUAGUCAUGUUCAAGCAGUCACCUAGCAGAAGUCAGAGAUCUAGAGGAAUUAAAGUUAAACAUGUUUUGCAAAUAUGUUUCCUUCUUGCUGUUUGUUUUUGGUUAGUAUACCAAGUCAAGCGUUCACAUGAUAAGAAGAAGGAAUUCGAUGAAACUGAUGUGAAGAACUCUGAACAGGCACAAUAUAGCAGCGAGGUUGUAAAACUUGGGAGGAAAGAUCUUCAUCCCAGAGUGGAGGAAACAGAUACAACUAGUACAAAACAAGAGGAAGAAGCAGAAGAAAAUGUUGGAGAAGAGGAGGAAAAUAAGAAUGAUGAAGAAGAACAUGCUGAUGACAAGAAGUCUGAGGAGAAAGAAGAUGAAGGUGGAGGGAUUGGAGAUGAUGAGAUAGAUGAACAUGGAGAUGAUAAACCAGAGGAUGAGGUUGAUCGCGAAGAGGAUGUGACAGAGGAAGAGAAGAAGGAAGCGGUUGAUGAGAAGGAAAACGAAGAGAAAGAUUCUGAAGAUAAGAGUGGCCAGGUGGAGAAUGAUAGCUCUUUGGGGGAGCGUGAUGACGAUGAUGAAAAAGAGCAUGAGGCAAGAGAAGAACAUUACAAGGCAGACGAUGCUUCCAGUGCAGUGACACAUGAAUCUGAAGAUAAUAGUGCUGAAAAUGAGAAUGGAAGCUCGGAAAACUCCAAUGAAGUUGCUGCAGAAAAUGUUGUAGAAAGUGAAGACGCGACCAAUACCCAUGAAAAUGAUGUUGCUGAGAAAACAACCGGUUCAAAGAUUGAAGAUAGAGAGAUGGCAGAAAAUGUAGGUCCUCCAAAUACAACAGCCAAUGAAGGCAAGGCAAAUGUUGGAUCCAUGCCCGAUAAUGUCUCUUCAUCUUCAAAUCAUCUCAAUCAAAUCGACAACACAACAGAAGCGAGUGCAGGUGGAGGUGCUGAUGGUUUGUCUAUGCAGAAUAGUGCAGGAACGCAGUCUGAGAAUGUCACAACAGAGAAUACGACCUCUGGAGAUGGCUCUGGCCUGCACACUAUUCCUUUAGAUCAGGGAAAGAACAAUAGCUCAAGUUCCAAUGACAGUCACACUGAUUCUACUACAACAGCAGCCUCCAAAAUUGAGGGUUCCGAUUCAAACUCAGGGGAGGCCUCAAAGACAGACAACACUACACUUUCUACUAAGUCAGAGAAGUCUGGUAAUUCAUCCAAUGGAACGGAGGAUAACUCAAGGUCUUCAACUGUGGAAACCAACGAUGCAACUGAGGCUGAGAAGUCGGGAGACACUAGUGAUGGAGCUGCAGAUGGAACGGAUGAUGAUGCUGCUAAAACUGAGAAUGCGGAAGAAGUCCAAAAUGAUCCUAUUGAUUCAUCUGAUUCUUCGAUGGGCUUGGUAGAGAAAGAAGUUAGGACAGACCUAGAUACUUUGCCAGAGAUACAGACUGAAGGAAGCCACGAUGAAGAUGCUGCAGCAGAAUGAAUGUUUGGAGGAUAGGAAUCUUGGCUAGUUUUGUUUAUGCUUUCACAUUCUGUUUUCUCACUUUUUUUUUUUCAUCUUUCUAGAAAUGGUUUUAGUUUUUAAGGAGUGUUUGUUAUAGUGUGAAAAUUGGAAAUGCAAUCACUCCCUACAGUAUAUGGCCUUACGGAUGUUGUUUCAACUUUGAGGGCAACAUGUAACAAGUUAGUAUUAAACUGUUAUCUAAGAAUGAAACUGUAUAAUCCAUUUCCUCUGUUCCUUCA